UGGAGAUUAGAGACCUGAGGUGAAAAUGCAGACUGGCCUGACCUGACAGGAAGUCUGUUGAAACUGAAAACACACAUCAAAUGUUGAUGGACUACAGUACAACACCAGAAGACUAUAUCAGGCCCUACUCCUGUCAACCAAGAACAAGAGUCUGAGGCUAUCAUGGGCAAAGCCUCUCUUAAACUGGACAGUUUAGGACUGGGGAAAAACAUUCUUUUUCUAAUCUGCCCAGUUUGUGCCCAUGAUGGCCUCAGAUUCCAAAUUACAAUUGUAAAGAGUGAUUAUUGGAGUUACUUUAUCCUUCCUAGUAGUUUGAACUAAUCUGCCCAAUUUCCUCAUGAACUGCUGCUUGUUUGUUUGUUUUCACACCAUUAUGUAUAUAUUGGCUAGACUAUUGUGUGUGGAAAUUCCAGCAAAUUAGUUGGUUCUGAACUACCCAAGCUGUCUGCCUGCCCUAACAACCAUGCCAUGGCCAAUGUCACUAAGAUUUCAUUUUUACUUCCCAAUUCUGAUGUUUGAUGUAAACGUUAACUGACCUGUAUCUGCAUGGUUUUAUGCAUUGUGCUGCUUCCACAAUAACUGCAUAAAAUCAGCAGAUGUAUGUAUAUAUGUUCCUAUAUAAGUGGACUCUUCUGACUAAAAUGUAUAUUUAUUAAAAGAAAAAAAAAACAUACAGUUAAAAACAUAGGUACCUUUGUGGCACAGAGUUGCAUCUCGCGUGCGUGUGUGUGUAGUCCCGUAACUUAAAAAGCAAUGCAUUUAUAAUUCUACAGCAAAAUGCAAAUUACGCAUUAAUCAGAUUAAUGUACAUUUAUACAGUUUCCAACUCGCCUGUCUUGUAGAAUGAGAUGUUUAUGUGCCCGUCCAAUCUAAGCAGGAAAGUUCUGGAAGCUAACAAGCGCUGUGUAUUAUUGUAUAGAGCUCUCGCUAUAGUGCAUUUUUACACAAACUAGUGGGCGGAGCUUUAGGCACAGGUGAGUAAGUACCGGUUCAAAUGGGGCGUGUCUCAGCGAAUUGAUUAAGCUCUUUUCUACACGAGUUCUGGCAAAGCACAGGUUUGGUGCUUCUCUGCUGCGAUGUCUGUCAGAUAAACCGUUUAUUCUCAUCUCUCAGGUUACUUUGGAUUCUUCCAGUUCAGCUAUCCCGGAUACUGCAAAUCACCCACUCAUUUGGACCUGCUUUGGUUAUCCAUCCCAUAAUUUCCAAUGGAUGUCGUUGCCAUGUCCAUCGGACCUUCUCUUCUUCCUCCACCCCCUCCUCCUCCUUUUCCUGCUCCUCCUCCACCUCCUCCUCCACCCAUCGCAGGAUGUGAACCAUUCUCCCGUAGUGUCCAUCGGCGCUCCAAGAUGCGCAACUUUAACUGGGACACCAUUCCGAAGCAUAGCGUGGUCGGGAAGCGCAACGUCUGGACGUCACACAAGAAGUUGGAGGACAUUCCACUGGACACCAAGCGCAUGGAAGAACUGUUUAGCCACAGCGAACGUCAGCAGAUGCCACUCCGGCAUGGCACCGUCAAGAAGAGUGUGUGGGGCCUGCAGUCCACCAGUCCUGUAUCAGAGUUUGUUCCAAUUCUUAACGCAAAGAAAAGUAUGAAUAUUGGGAUUCUCCUGAAGCAGUUUAAAAGGCCAAUUGGAGACAUUGUUGAGGACAUUAGGGGGGGAAACAUGCGAUUCACGGCUGACGGACUGAGGGAGCUGUGCAAGCUGCUGCCUGAUGAUGUGGAGGUAAAGAAGCUGCUGUCAUUCCAUGGAGAUGCAUCUCAGCUUGCAGAGGCAGACCACUUUUUCCUGAUGCUGGUUAAAGUUCCUGGAUAUGAAGAAAGACUGAAAAGCCUGCUCCUCUGUGAGGAGUUCAUGCCCUUUAUAGAGGAGAUGAAAAAAUCCAUUUCCAUCAUGACUGCAGCAGCUAAUGAGCUGCUGGCAUGUGAUGAUCUACAUUCUAUAAUCAGACUGGUGCUUAAAGCUGGAAACUACAUGAAUGCUGAUGGCUACGCUGGACGUGCACUAGGUUUCAGAAUGACUUCUCUCUUGAGGCUUGUGGACACGAAGGCUAACAAACCUGGCAUGAACCUUAUGCACUAUGUGGCUAUGCAAGCUCAGCAGAUUGAUGGUGCCUUAUUAAAGUUUACAGAACAGCUUCAACACAUUGGAGAAGCAUCAAGAAUUCAAAAACAGGAAGUCGAGGAAGACUUUAAGAGAGAAAUGGCAAAAUCUCAAGAAGCAAAGGUUUAUGCCAGCAAACAACCUGAUCUGCAACAUCAAAUGGAGGAGUUUCUUCAAAUGGCCACAAGUCAGCUAGCAGACAUGGAGGCCUCUCUGAGGGAGCUGGAUUUAAUCAGUCACUCAGUGGCAGAGUAUUUCUGUGAAGACCCUUCUACCUUUAAACUGGAAGAAUGCUGCUCAAUCUUCCACUCUUUCUGUGAGAAGUUUGAGAGAGCUGUACUGGAAAAUAAAGAGCGAGAGGCAGUGGAGAGGCGCCAAAGACAGCAGAGGGAGAGAGAGACGCUGAGCCGGGUAGCCAAGCGCCGUACAAUUGCCUCCUGCUCUAGGCAAAACGUAGAACACGAAGCCCUGGAGUCCAUCCUCACCAACUUUCUCAGCACUCGUCCUUCCCGCAGAAGACAACCCUCGUCCAACAGAGAAAGUCCAACAGAGAUGGACAAAAACAACCCACUGGCUGAGAGUGUAGCUCUGGAGACUUCUGUUAAUAUUGACAAAAAGCAUGAGAGCAUUUCACUUCAAGAGCAGGACCAGAGCUUUCAGAUAACCCUUGAAAUUUCUGCCAAGAUUGAACAAAACAAGACUUUACACACUGAGGAGCAGGAAAAGUGCUGUCUGAUAGCCCCAAAUAGCCCUGAAAAGGCAGAGACUGACUCUAAUCCUGAAAAUCAGGAAGAGAAAUGCUUAAACACAGAGCAAAUCUGCUGUGAUGUGAAUGUACAGUGUACACCAACUGGUCCAAAAAGAGCACCAUGCAUAGAAGACAAAGCAACUCCAAAGAACGGCAAAACCAACCAUCGCAGAAGCAUACUGGUCAGGCAGAAUGCUGGAAAGAAGGAUGAGCAAAAGGCCAUGAAUGAAGAGGCAGAUAACGCACAAAAGGAUUCCCAGAAGGAUCCACUCCAGAUUAGAUGCCCAGUUACAGAUCCAAGGGAGCGCCCACUUGUUCCAGAUGUCUCCUCUCCUUUUCCCAGAGCAAUAAAAGAGGUGGAUUUGGCCCUUCAGAAUGGCUUUGGAUCACCUUGGACUGUUCUCAGUCCUCAUGCAUCACCCUUGUGCAUGCGACACCGCAGGCAUUCCUUUAGCUCCCUUAAAGAUGAAGAAUCGGAGGAUGGUGUGUGGGCACUUCCUGAUACGCCUUCGAAGGGCCCUUUGCUGGCACACAUGUGCAGGUCAUAUGAGCACAGCUUGUCUACCUCUGUGAUUAGCAGUGUGGGUAUUAAAGAUUCCCCAUUAACAGGAACAUCAGCGCAAGGAAAUCUGUUAAGGUCUGCUUCAGUGGGCGAAAACCCCGAAUCUGUACCCAGCUUUCGUUUCGGCGCUUUCUUCCCAAGACGCCAUGGCCGAGAACCCAGAAGACAAGAGCCGUCUUCACUGAUGUCCUUCUUCCAGCGAUUUGGGGAGAGAGGACGGCCUGCUUCUAUAGGAGACUCCUGCAGAGUAGAUACUUGAAUUUUUGCACUGUUUUGAUUUUUGUGCGUGUUUUUAUUUAUCAACCCCCUCAACUGUUUUUUUAAAAGAUUUAGCAUCAUGUGCUCACACACAUUACACAAUGAACACUGUAACCCAAGACAAAUAUGGACUUGUUUUGGAGUGUGCUCAUUGUGAGCCUUAAUCGAACCUUGUCUAUAAAAGGGGUGAUUAUUUAUUUGUAUUUUAUCAUUUUCUUUAAUCUAAACAUCAUGAUGUUUUUAGCUGUGUGGAUUUAAUGCACUUUAACAUUCCUGCUGAGGGUUCAUCCUCAACACUUCCAAACAUUUUUGUUUGCUCCAUUUUUAUGUUUGGU